AUGGCUACAAACUUUUAUACCACACCAUCCGAUCGUCGUACAGGCUGCAUCACCUGCAAUGAAGGAUACAUGGACUUCGCGCCUCCAACCCGAAAAGACCCUCGUAUCCUCCGCCAAGAAUUCCGCCGUCGUCCCUUCAACGCCCCUAGAUGCGCACCCCUCAAGGCACCCCACUCCCUCAACCACGCCCGCAUUGCCUCUCUCCGACCAGCCGUACAGCCCGGCCAAGAACCAUACCCCUCUCCCACAGAUACACAACAAGACGACGAUGAAGAUGACUAUAAUGGUAGAGGAUGGGUAAUUACUAUAUUUUUAUAUAUCCGUUUUAUUAUAUUGUUUGUAAUUUCAGCCUCGUUGCUAGGUAUAGCCAUGUUAUCGUUACUUAUUUUCAUUACUUAUUGGUUGCAUUCUAGCUAGCUGAUUGUCCUUUGGUAGACUUUUUUUCACUUAUCAGUCUUGGAGGAGGUUAA